AUGAGUUCAGCAAAUAUAAAUGAUCACAAUCCUUCCAAUAAAAAAUAUCAAAACGAAAUUGUAAAAAGUGCAAAUUUAUUCAAAACUGACAUUGAUUCUGAACAAGAUAUUAGAAAAGGAAAAUUAAAAAAAACGUUUGUUAACUUAAUUGGAUACCUCAUUGAAAAAAAAGACAGAUAUAUUAAUAUCACCUAUGUCGACUCUAUUGAAGGACAUAGUUAUGGUUUCCUAAAUGCAUUAUUGUAA